AUUCAUGAGACUAGGCUAGUGCAUGCUGUGGAGUUGAGUAUCAAUGCAAUGCUAAUGGUGGUUCCUCAAGGAUGGCAGCCACGUAAAAAGCUCCCUGGAUCAUCAGAUAGACUUUACACUUGUCAAAGAUUGUGGCGGAAGAUGUUACCAGUAUAUAUCGUGCAUUAAAGUCACUAGAAGCACCGAAUCAAGGAACACAGUUAUACAUCUUGUAACUAUUACAACGAACACCCUGCCGGCAAAGAAAGACAAAUUGUUGAUCAAUCGUGAACUGAUCACAUGCAGUCAGAUCACAUGUUUUUAUAUAGCCCCCCUUCAACUGUGGUCAUGAUGAUAGUUGUAUUACUUUACUCUCUCUUUCUUCUCCUAUUAUUGGCUGGAGAUGUGGAGCUAAACCCUGGACCUAGACUGGAUACUAUUCUGACUCUUUCUGAUCUCCUUGAGGUGUAUGAGAAGGCGCGGAGUGCUGGUCCAAACUGGUUCAACUUGGGACUGGUGUUGAGGCUGAGUUACGGAAAGUUAACAAACUUCCGUGAUACGUAUCGUGACAAUGAUGUGUGCCUGCGUGAAGUCCUAGCACAUCGGCUACAGUCCGGUGGUACUCUAACUUGGGGAGACAUGUGUACUGCUCUCAGGCACUCAACAGUGGAGAGAAAUGAUGCAGCUGAAGCGAUAGAGGAAAGUUGUGAGAGAGAAGAAUUUGAGAUAUCACGAAGCACAAAUGCAAGUGAGACAUCAAGCGGUGCAAGCAGCCAACUUCAAGUCUCAAAUAUGCCUCCAGUAACAGACAAUUUAGAACUAGAUUCGACACAGAUGGAAAUCAAGUUCAACACUCUUGUGUGUCAGCUAUGGGAUUCACUUGAAACUCGUAGAAUUGCAAAGGAAUCUGUAGUUGCUUGCUUGAUGGGGUUUAACUGUUUAAAGAAGGUGUUUUGUGGAAGAAAUCAAUGUGUUUUUAGAACUCAAAGAAGAAAUCUAGAUCAAUGCUCAACUAUCGCAGAAAUUUUGCGAAUUAUUGCUGACUAUUUCUCCUUCUUUGGCUAUGAUAUUAUUGAGCAGAUUACAAACAAAUUAGGAACGGACGAGGAUAAAGACCAUAUGAAACUCUACAAAACCAGUUUUAUAAGGUAUGCUAAGAGGCGAGUAGUGAAAGGGAAUAUUAGUUCAGGCUCCGGAGAAAAUGUGAUCGUAAAGCUUGAUUCUACUUACGACAAUUGUGAAGUGAGUCGACUGAAGCUAUUCGAGUGGAAUUUAUGCUCAAUCUUGAACUUAAAUGAGGGUGUUUUAAAGCUUUGUAAAAAUUGAAGAUGGCUGUGUCGAGCUUACAUUUGUAUUGCCGAUUUUCAUAACAAAGGAUAUCUUCCCACUAAAACCGGAUCAAGAAAAUGCACUACAGCGUCAAGGGGUCAUCGAGCUACGCUGUGGGAAUACUUAUAAAGCUGAGGGCUUAAAGGGUGAAGCUGGCAAUGCGUCGCUUUCAGAUAAGGACGUACCUGUGCAAAAUUCCCCUCCACGCUCCAAGCCGAGGGUCUCCCGGCCUAGAACAGCACCCUCACAGCCUCUGCCCCCCUCACAAGUAGCACUACCCUCACAAGCCCCACCUCCACCCAGGCUAGGGGUGCUCGUGGAAGCAACCCAACCGAUUACUACCAAUGACAAUGCUGGCAUGCUUAGAUGGCUUCUUGGAGGGAGGGUAGGUGGCGAGGACAGAGUGAGAGAGAUCAUUGUGUCUCAGGACAGGAGCAGGGCUAUUGUGGAGUUUGUUAACCCAGACCCAGGAGUCAUACAGCAGCUGGUAUCCACCAGUGCUGACCUCCUUGACCCCCUCUCCAAGCAACCACUCCGUCUAACUCAGAUCGACCUGACUACCCUCUGCCUCGUAGUUACAGGCUUUCCACCAUUUGUCUAUGAGUCAGCUCUAGAGAGCCACUUCCGAAGAGAAGCUGAUGGCCAACAGAUACAUUCUGUACAGAUGUCAGCUGACAAAGAGUCUGCAAUGAUCACCUUCAUGUGUCCUACAUUUGCCAUGGAAUUGGCUGGAAAGAAAACACAGCUGUUUGGUUUUAAUCUCCAUCUUGAGCUUGGCUGCAAUAGUACUACAAACAGUUCUCCAGCUUAUCCUACCUCGACAGCUGUACACAGCUCUAUUGCUCUGUGUGUGCAAGGACUCCCUGAGACCAUGCUGAACAACCUACAUAUUUUGUCAGAGGCUUUAAAAUAUUUUAUCAAACAGGGCACAGGUUUUGAGGCAGCUGACUGUAGCAUUGUGCAAGGACUGGGUUAUCUGACAUUCACCGAUCCAUCAGCUGUACAAGCCAUUGUGAACAACCCACCCACCCAAAACUUCAUGUUUGACAGUAUCCUGCACAUGUCUGCAACUUCACAACCUCUUGCUCCGUCUCAAGUCCCCCCUACUGCUCCGAGGGAGGCUUGGGGGGUACAUGACACACCCAUUGACAGGCAACUCCCAGGAAAUACAUCUCCUCACUUGGAGAGACCACCUGUGAGACCCACGAACAGACCACCAGUACCACACCGAAGGCGUUUUGCAAGUGAGGGAAUUGAUGGCCCAUCACCAAGCAAUAGAAGACAGCACAUCCACCCUAGGAAUCAACCUCAAUGGCAUUAUCAAGGAGACCAAUAUCCUCAUCACCAGGGACCACAACAACACCAGUCUUACUAUGGGCCCAUGCAUCAUAGUGCAUCCUAUCCUGAUAGUAUGGGGACCACUACUCCAACAUCGUACGGUCAGCAGCUGCCCUAUCCCCCCUACGGAUAUCCCCCCUAUUCUGGCCAGCCUCAGUGGGGGGGACAGGACGCAACCAUCGCUGUGCAGUCUGGGGCACCUCAGGUGCGUGUACAAGGCAGCCAACACGGCCCACAGAAGGUUGCCCACCACCACCCGCCAGCAAAUGCCAUGGCUACAGCACCAACUGGUUUGUGUCGGAAGGUUAAAGUCAACGAUCUCCCUAAAGAAGCUAGAAACCAGACUGUUCUGAAGUUGUAUAUCCAAUCCCUAGCAGGCCUAGGGUCGUCGGUUGCCAGCGUGGAAAUGUUUAACCCUUUCCUUGCCAUUCGUGAAAUCUGGAACAGGAGCGUCUUUAGGUCGAUCAAUUAGUGUGGAUCCGGCCUCACCACGCCUCCAAGUCAUUCUAUUAGUCUAGAUCCGGCUAGCAAUUCUAGCUGGGACUCCCAGUUCUAGCUCCUUUUGUUUAGCGUGUCAGAGACUGGGAGAAGAUGAUUGGCACUCCCUGGCUCCUUUGGAUGUACAGCUGUCCAGAUCCCUAGAACAUACCCUCCAUUCUGACGAGUUAUCAGUGCAUAGGGUGCUUACUAGAUUCUUGCCAGCCAGUACAGUUCAAGCUACACACAGCACCGCUCAACUAUUCUCUACCCCAUUAUCUAGCUAAAUCUGGUCCAACUAGACAGCAGACACAGCUAGUUAAUUCAGUAAAGCCAGGGGUAGCCCUACUUCUACGGUUGUUCAGUACCCACGGUAACAAUUCCUCUGGGCUGGGCUAACUAGUUGAGCCACGCCUCCCAAUUCUCAAGGCUAGGUACAUGUCUCUGUCUAGCUGCUUCUUCAGCUUCUUGCUCAGUUUUGUGGCUUAGAGAAAGGCCAGCUACUCAGGGGGAAGAGUCCAGAUGAAAGUCUGGCAGCCAGGUGACGUCCAAACGGUCAGUUAUUCUUUCCACCAACUUUUUAAUCUAGUCUAGUCCUGCUUGCACUGCUACUACUACUGCUGCCUACUGCUGCUACUCUUCCUAGCUAGUCAAAGGUUUCUUUUUUUUUUUUUUUUUUUUUUAUAACUACAUAUGCACAAAGA